AGCGGAAAACGGGCCUCACGCCAUUUUGCGAUACUGGCCAGCCAUCGAGCAACCCAUAGUUUGAGUGCAAUGUGAUCGACCUCAUCGAAGCUAUGUUGACAACUUAGUCGUUUUAAACUUCUCCAAUACGUUUAAAGUUCAACGUUUGACGUAUUGAUAUAACAUUUGCCUGUUAUAACCUACAUUGCUCUUCCAGCCAUGUCCACCGAGGGAACAGCCGAUCAGGCUGCAGCAGAGUAUAUUCCAGAGAAGGUGAAGAAAGCAGAGAAGAAGUUGGAAGAAAACCCAUAUGACCUUGACGCAUGGAGCAUUCUGAUUCGAGAAGCACAGAACCAACCCAUAGAUAAAGCAAGGAAGACAUAUGAGCGACUUGUCACACAGUUCCCAAGUUCUGGCAGAUUCUGGAAACUGUUCAUUGAAGCUGAGAUCAAGGCUAAAAACUAUGACAAAGUAGAAAAGUUGUUUCAGAGAUGUCUAAUGAAAGUGUUGCAUAUCGACCUGUGGAAAUGCUACCUCUCAUAUGUUCGAGAGACCAAAGGGAAACUGCCCAGCUACAAAGAGAAGAUGGCCCAGGCGUAUGACUUUGCCCUGGAUAAAAUUGGCAUGGAAAUUAUGUCUUACCAGAUUUGGGUUGACUACAUCAACUUCCUCAAAGGAGUAGAGGCUGUGGGCUCAUAUGCAGAGAACCAGCGGAUCACUGCAGUACGGAGGGUGUACCAGAGAGGCUGUGUGAACCCCAUGAUCAACAUUGAGCAGCUCUGGAGAGAUUAUAGCAAAUAUGAGGAGGGAAUCAAUGUGCACCUCGCCAAAAAGAUGAUUGAAGACCGAAGUAGGGAUUACAUGAAUGCCAGGAGAGUGGCAAAGGAGUAUGAGACUGUGAUGAAGGGGUUGGACAGGAAUGCUCCCUCAGUUCCUCCACAGAACUCCCCCCAGGAAGCUCAGCAGGUGGAAAUGUGGAAGAAGUACAUACAGUGGGAGAAAAGCAACCCGCUACGCACAGAAGACCAGACACUCAUCACAAAAAGAGUGAUGUUUGCUUAUGAGCAGUGCCUGCUGGUGCUGGGCCACCAUCCUGACAUUUGGUACGAAGCAGCACAGUACCUGGAGCAGUCCAGCAAACUGCUGGCAGAGAAGGGGGAUAUGAACAACUCCAAGCUGUUUAGUGACGAGGCAGCCAACAUCUACGAACGUGCCAUCGGGACUCUCCUGAAGAAAAACAUGCUUCUGUACUUUUCAUUUGCUGACUAUGAAGAGAGUCGCAUGAAAUACGAGAAGGUACACAGCAUCUAUAAUAAACUGCUGGCCAUCGAGGACAUCGACCCCACGCUGGUCUACAUUCAGUACAUGAAGUUUGCCAGGAGGGCUGAGGGAAUCAAAUCAGGCCGCACCAUCUUCAAAAAGGCCAGAGAGGAUCCACGCACACGUCACCAUGUGUAUGUGACAGCAGCUCUGAUGGAGUACUACUGCAGCAAAGAUAAAUCAGUUGCCUUCAAGAUUUUUGAGCUUGGUUUGAAGAAAUACGGUGACAUUCCAGAGUACAUACUGGCGUACAUUGAUUACCUCUCACAUCUAAAUGAGGACAACAACACAAGAGUUCUCUUUGAGCGUGUCCUCACCUCAGGCAGCUUAUCUCCAGAGAAGUCAGGUGAGAUCUGGGCUCGGUUUUUAGCUUUUGAGAGCAAUAUAGGAGACCUGGCCAGUAUCCUGAAAGUGGAGCGCAGGCGGUUCUCUGCCUUUAAAGACGAGUACGAGGGCAAAGAAACAGCCUUGCUUGUAGAUAGAUACAAAUUUAUGGAUCUCUAUCCCUGCUCAACGAGUGAACUCAAGGCCCUCGGAUACAAGGAUGUGUCUCGUACCAAGCUGGCAGCCCUUCUUCCAGAAACUGUGGCGGCUCCCUCUGCGCCUGCACUGAAGGAUGAAGCAGACCGUAAACCCGAGUACCCAAAACCUGACACCAACCAGAUGAUCCCCUUUCAGCCACGUCACCUCGCUCCUCCUGGUCUCCACCCUGUCCCUGGUGGAGUUUUCCCAGUCCCCCCAGCUGCUGUUGUCCUCAUGAAGCUGCUCCCUCCGCCUACGUGCUUCACUGGUCCCUUUGUUCAAGUGGAUGAACUCAUGGAAACUUUAAGGAGAUGCACACUUCCUGAGACUGUCGAUGCUGCUGUAGAGCUGAUCACUGGGAGACAGCCUGACGCAGGAGGGGAGGGUAAUGGAGCCAUGGAGAACCAUGCUGCUGCCAAGUCACUCAAGAGGCCUAACGCUGACUCCGAUGAGGAGGAUGACAAAGGAGCUGUGGCUCCGCCCAUACAUGACAUCUACCGUGCACGCCAACAGAAGAGGAUUCGAUAAGCUCAAACACACUGAACGCUACAAGAAUGUAAUCUUAACUGGUGGUCCUAUAGGGGUGUACAUGUCCAUGUGUCUGAGCACGUCUGACCGGUUGUUUAUCUGUUGAUCUCUGUACAAAACAUAAGCAUACAUACACUCAGACAAACACACAGUAUGAACACCUGAGUCUGCUUGUCUUUUUUUGUUAACAGUUUUUAUUUUUAAAGACUGACAUUGUACUGUACAAAAUUUUUAAUUCAAACUAUGAUUUGACACACAGCUCAGUUUUGGCCUUGUGAUGUUCCAGUAAUGGCAACGUGAAACCAAGCUUCUUUUUUUAGAUAACUGAAGGAAACACAGUUCCUUUCAAUAAAAGUGGAAAAAGAAAUCAUUCAGCACUGU